AUGCACACUGCCCCAUCCAUAGGAUCAUGUCUAAAUAUAGUUUCGUCCUUACACGGACUCUCCACAGCUUGGAGCCCUCCAGUACCUGAGGAAGCUCCAAAGGCUCAACGUCAGAAGGAGGAGACCGUCCAGCCUGCCCCCAGAGUCCCCUCAACUCAGGCAGUAAAAGCAGCGCGCUCUGCUCAGGCGGACGCAGAGGGCCAGUCCACGCAGCCGGGACAGUCCAGCGUCCUGGACGUGCCUGACCCUGACCCUGUGCAGAUGGAGGAUGCCGAGACGCAGACAGGGAGAUGGACGCCCUUCAUAGAGACCAUCAAGAAGGAGGCCGAACACGCAGCCAUCAGCUCGAUGGAGGAACGCCUGCGCUUGGAGCGUCUGGAGACCGCACGGCUGGCCGAGGAGGUGGCUCGGCAGGCCGCUGAGAUGACCAUCAGGCAACUGGCCGAGGAGAAAGGGAUGAGUCUGGCCAUGCCAACACAAACCCAACUGGAGGAUCUGGAGGAGGAACUGGAGGAGGAACUGGAGCCAGAGUUACAGGUGCUGCAGCUGGAGGAGAGUGAGGGGGCAACCUCACAGAGUCUAAUAACAGAGUUACAGGUGCUGCAGCUGGAGGAGAGUGAGAGGGCAACCUCACAGAGUCUAAUAACAGAGUUACAGGUGCUGCAGCUGGAGGAGAGUGAGGGGGCAACCUCACAGAGUCUAAUAACAGAGUUACAGGUGCUGCAGCUGGAGGAGAGUGAGAGGGCAACCUCACAGAGUCUAAUAACAGAGUUACAGGUGCUGCAGCUGGAGGAGAGUGAGGGGGCAACCUCACAGAGUCUAAUAACAGAGUUACAGGUCCUGCAGCAGGAGGAGAGUGAGGUGGAGUUCACAGAGAAUGUUAUCACAGAGCGCCAGGAAGUGUGCUACGUUGAAGCAUUUCAACAAGUAGAAGAGGAGCUAGAGGAAGUGAUAGAACUUCCACCUGAACCGAAGCCGUCCGCAGAGGAGGCCGAGGAGGCUCCCUCACGCAGUGGCCAGGCCUCCCCUCAGCAGGAGCAGCCAGAGCCAGAGGAGGAGCAGCCAGAGGAGGAGCAGCCAGAGAAGGAGGAGGAGCCUUUGCCUCAGACACAGGAAGUCCCCUCACCUGUCAGAGUCGCGUCUCCUGUGCGGUCCCCGUCGGCUGAGCAGGAGCCUGCCCCAGAGCAGGAGAAGAGUGCUGAGCCAGAGCAGGCGGCCCCAGAGGCUGAGCCCGUCCCAGAGCAGCCGCAGGCAGCACCAGAGCCCGCUCCAGUCACAGAGCAGCCGCAGGCAGCAGCGGCCACCUCCUCUCCUCAGACCACCACUCAGGAGGCCGCACCUGCAGCAGAGGAGGAGGCUGGAGUUUCCGUGCGCUGUGACACGCUGAGGAGCUGUCUUGUGCACGUCCCUUACGGGCCGGAGUGUCUGAGCAGAGUGGAGCAGCUGAUGCAGGAGAACGACAUCGCCCCUCCGACGCUGCCCCGCGUCCCCGGCUCACUGGCUGAGCUGCAGCAGGAGUUCACCAAGCAGUUCCCUGGAGCCCAGCAGCUCUCGCAUGAGCUCUCAGAGCUGCCCCAGAACCUGUCCCACCAGUUCUCCCAGCUCCAGCAGCUGCCCCAGCAGUGCUCCCAGCAGGUCUCUCAGACCGCUCAACGGGUCACUCAACGGGUCACUCAGCUGACCCAACAGGUGUCCAGCCUGCCUCAGCAGAUAUCUAGUUUACCACAGCAGAUCAGUGUGCCGACAGAGCUGACCAGCAUAUCCCAGCAAAUCUCCAGCCUGCCCCAGCAGUUGUCCAAUCUACCGGCACACGCCUCCUCCUUGUCACAACGUGCCCAACAAUACUACUCGAACGUGGCCAAUCGCCUGAACAGCCUUAAGCCCCAGUAG